CUUUCAUACAAAUAUGACCUUGAGUUUUGGAUAUGAAACAGGUAAAAUUAUAUCGACAUAAAUAAAUAAAUAUAUUCUUAUGAAUAUAUCAUUAGACGUUGAUAAUCAAGGUGUUCGAAUAAUUACACCACCUCUUUUAAAAGAUAAGAUUACACUCUCAAGUGUAGAAAAUACAAACCGUUGGGUAUUUUAUGGAACAAGAACUGAAAUAAUAGAAUGGAUUAAAAAACAUAGUCAUAUUCAACUAGAAAAUGGCUUAUUUCCAGCCAUGAAACCAUUAUCCUUCAAUACGCAUACAGAACUAGUUAUUGAUUUAUUGUCUUAUUCAGAUCCUGAACAAUCUAUGUUUGAUUACCUUAAAUCCUUUAUAAAAACUGAUUUCGAAAAUGAAAAAGUAAAAAUAGAAAUAAGGCCAAGGAUAGAAAGCAAAGACCAAAUGAUACCUACCUUAUGUAGAAUCAUUGUUGCGAGUGGGGUCACAUUUGGUGAUAUAUUAGUCGAAUUAGUUCAAGAAUGGUAUCAGCCUUCACGUACUUUAAUUGAACAAGCAAAAGAUAUAUUAAAUAAUAAUCCCGGUCCAAUUCAUAUCUUGAGCACAGAUACUCCAAUGCAGAUUCAAAUAAAUGAUAAUAUUAAUAAAUAGGCAAUAAAAAUUCACAAUGUAUAAAUGAAUACAUAUUUUUUUUUUUUAUUCAAAAUUUCUGCUAAUAAAAACUUCCUUUCUCUA